AAUCAAGCAAUCAAGCAAUCAAGCAACCUCAUCCCUUCGAGUUCAAGAUACCCUUCCGAUUUCACCCAUCUUCCAUCUUUAAAUCAUAUCCGCACUCGCAAUCUUACACACAAUCAAAAUGCUUUAUUCAAAGAUCCUUAUGGCCGCCAUUACUGGCAUGUCUUGUGUGGCAGCCAUGCCAGCUGAUCCCCCCAAAGAUGUUGAAGUCUUCCGCCGAGGCGAUUGCCGCGAUGACCGAGAUGACCUCUACUGUGGCCGGAGCGUCACUGAGUUUACUAAAUACGAUUCGAACAACAGGCUCUGCUACAAUGACGGAACGAACAGGCUUUUCUGUGCCAUUCGCGAGCAGCAGCAACUGGCCUAUGAGCUUCUCCGGGAGUGGCAGAGAAUUCAGUUGUGUGGACUGAACCAGUACUAUGGCUUCAGAGAACGGCGCUGCGAGUGUUACCGCCGCCGCGAUGGGGACAGAGACCGCUGCGACCGUGACGACGACUUUGGCCGUGAUAACCACGACCCUAACUGCAAGGGUGAUGACAUUGCCUUCUGCGCCGCAAGCGAGUAUCUGAUCAUUACCUAUGACCGUAACAACCUUCUUUGCGACAGAAACACAGGCAAUUACGUCUUCUGUGCCAGCAGAGACCGCGGUGCUGCCCGUGAUAAGGCCGAAGACCACUUCCGUGGUCGUCGUAACAAGCAGUAGAUCUAGACAGUUGUACUCAUUGAUGGAUAUAAUGUGUAAUUUCUCGGAUGCAAGUGUCGGAAAUUAGAGUCUGGAAGGGCUUUUGAAGUUGUGGCGGGCAUACUGGCCUAUUGACUGAUCAGUUGAUUUGUCUGCUUUUGUCGAGU